CCAGCACAACCCCGACGUCGGGACUGGGCACAGCCGCCAUCGUGGGCAUCCUCAUCGUCAUCUUCAUCCUCCUGAUGGUGGCCGUGGACAUCACCUGCUACUUCCUGAACAAGUGUGGCCUUUUCAUGUGCAUUGCCGUCAACCUGUGUGGCAAAGCAGGUCCUGGUGCGAAGGGGAAGGACAUGGAAGAGGGCAAAGCUGCCUUCUCGAAGGACGAAUCAAAAGAGCCCAUCGUCGAAGUGAGGACGGAAGAAGAACGGACUCCAAAUCACGAUGGAGGCAAACACACCGAACCCAACGAAACCACCCCGCUCACUGAGCCAGAGCACCCUGCCGACACCGUGGCAGCCACAGAGGACAUGAUGCCGUCCGUCACCACAGUCACCACAAACUCUGACACCAUCACUGAGACCUUUGCCACUGCCCAAAAUAGCCCCACCAGUGAGACCACCACACUGACCUCCAGCAUCACACUGCCAGACACCCCCAUACCCAAUGCCACCAUGGGGCCCCCCAGCCAGGGCACGCCUUCCAAAGCCGCGGCCCCUUCUCCCCCACCAGCCUCCGCCCCCAAAGUGGCUCCCCUGGUGGACCUCAGCGACACCCCCGCAUCCCCUCAAGCCGCUGGCAAUUUAUCCUCCAACGUCCUCAACCACCAGGGCGCGGUGUUGAGCCCCAGCUCCACCAGCAAGGGGCCCGAGGCUCCCAAGGGCCCUGCCAUUGCCUCCCCACCCUCCAAUCCAGCCAGCCUUCCAGACUCCUCCGAGGCCAAGCAGGAGGCAGCCUCCAGUGCCAGGAGCCCCGAGAAGGAAUCCGCGCGGAAGAGCGCCGCAAAGAGCCCGACGGAGGCACUGAAGACCGCGGGGGGGCAGAAAGGCGAGGCGGCCCCAGGGGGCACCAGAAACCCUCCUCAGAAUGAGGACUUUAAAAUGGACGAGGGGACCUUCAAGACACCCGACCUUGACCUUGCCAAGGAUGUUUUUGCCGCCCUGGGCACAGCGGCCCCCGCUGUCGAAGCCCCAGCCGCAGCCCCUGCAUCCGCCCUGGAGACUUCAGCAUCGCCAGCGCCUGCCAAGACAGAGAAAAACGCUGUAGAAGAAAAGCCGGCCGUUCCCGCCACAGAAGCCAACAACGCAGCCCCCGCAGAAGUGAAGACGGUCCCCAACGAAGCCACACAAACAAAUGAAACUGAGAGCAAAGCAUGAUGGGCUCCGUGGGUCGAAAGCAGAGCAGGCGGGAAAUUUAAACAAAACAAAACACACACAAAAAAAUUGACAGAACAGCUUCACCUGAGCAUUUAAAACACAAAAAAUACACAUCUCAUUCCUCUAGUGUCUUUGC